CAUCAGAGCGCGCCGCCACUGCCGCCGCCGCCAUGAAUAGCGUAGGGGAGGCCUGCACCGACAUGAAGCGCGAGUACGAUCAGUGCUUCAAUCGCUGGUUUGCCGAGAAGUUCCUCAAGGGGAACGGCUCCGGAGACCCGUGCACCGACCUCUUCAAGCGCUAUCAGCAGUGUGUUCAGAAAGCAAUAAAGGAGAAGGAGAUUCCCAUUGAAGGACUGGAAUUCAUGGGCCAUGGCAAAGAAAAGCCUGAAAGCUCUUCUUGACCUUGACAGUCACCUUGAAAAUAGACUCUUCCAUCAGUUGAGGACACUGGAUUUCGUCAAUUAAGGCUGUGAAAAUAGCCAUCGUUUUGAUGAGGAGCUUAGGAGGGAGUUUUCUUUCCUCCUUGAUUUUCCUCUCACUUGUGAAAGAUGAUGAACCGUCACUCUGCUUUGAGAUGAUUUCUCACUUGCUCUGGCAUCUUGCAGGACCUCCGUGUGCUUAAACUGAAUGAUUUCUUGGGCUUAUGGUAGCAAUACUUGGUCUGGGAUCAGCUUUAAAUAUCCUUUGUAUGUAAAUACUGAUAAUCUUGUCAGGAUGAUCAGGAUUGCCUGACCUCUUGAGUUUUGCUGCAAAGGACAUUAGGUACAUUGUACUAGGGUUAUUAUUCAUGGAAACAAUUGGUUAGGAUCUCUCUCUUCUCUCAGGGAGCUAAGGCUGAAAAGGGAUCGCAGCACAACGGUUUUAAUCAAUGCUUGGGAGUACGGUUUUAUUUUUAUUAUAGUAACUUCUAAGAUUGUAGUGGACUGGGUUAGCCAAGAAGACAGCUUUAAGAGUGCCCUGCCUUAAGAAGAGGUGUCAGAUUUCUGAGUAAGAUGUGAAAGCUUGAAGAAUGUUGCAGUACACACCAUUUCCGAGCUCACAGUGUAGUUUAGGAAUGAAGAUCUUUGGAGUAACAAUGGAGGAAGAUCCUAAAUUGCAAAGAUUUGCUGUUGCCAGCUUUCAGCCCAAGUCAAUUAAUUAAGCCAACUUGUAUUAUCAUAAAACUGCCAAAAUGCUGCAUCUAGUUAAAUGGGAGAAGUUUGUUUUAUUUGCCUUGUGUACCCACCCUGCCCUAUAAUGUCUGUAAUCAUGAAGAUGGAAUAAAUUGUAACAUUUAGUUUCA